GUCAAUAUGAUAUAAAUCGGGAAAUACCAAAACAGUAUGGUACUUUUGUUCAACAGCUUCGAGUCGAUUUCAUAAGAUUAAUAUACGAGUAUUUAAAGUUUUAACUGUCGAACUGAUUAUUUUUUUCGGAAAAAAUGGAAGAAAACAAGGCUCAGCAAACAAUGGGAGUGUAUAAAUUAUCCUUACCACCGCUAACGGAAGCUUUUGAAAGUUGGACAAUCAGUCAAUCAAAACACAGUAAUUUAAACUAUACAUGGACCAUACAAAAUUUUAGCAACCUCACUGAAACUUGUUACCACUAUUCACCCGCAUUUUGUAGGUGUGAUAAAGACAAUUUAAAAUGGAGAUUGGAGCUUUAUCUAAAUGGUUCCAGUGAAAUUUGGAUAGGUUUAAAAUUAUCAUCAGAACCUGUUAAUGGGGAUAAAAUUAUGGGCAAAUUCAAAAUAUCCGUUUUGAAUGCUGAAGGAAAAAAAAGUUAUUCGAAGACAAGUUCGGGUGUUAUAGAGCUUAAAGCAAAUGAGGAGUAUGAGCGUCUAAAGAUUGGAAGAAACAAUUUACUAAAGUAUUACCUUCCAGGUGAUAUAUUGACAAUUUAUUGCGAAAUCGAUGUUGUAACUAAUACAGUUGAUUUUUCUGGACGAAAAGGUAUUACACAGAAUACAAAUCCUGAAAGUACUCUUAUUGCUGAUUUUGCUAAUCUUCUUCAAAGUCAAAGUCUUAGUGAUGUCAAAUUGGUAGUCGGUAAGGUUGAAUUUCCAGCUCAUAAAAUUAUCUUGGCUUCCCGAAGUGAUGUCUUUAAAGCAAUGUUCGAACAUGACAUGAAAGAGACCAAAUCAGGUCGAGUCGUCAUAACCGAUGUCAAACCCGAAGUUAUUCAGGAAAUGCUGCAUUUCAUAUACACGGGAAGUUCUCAAAAAAUAAAAGAAAUGGCUGAUGAGCUUUUCAUUGCUGCUGAUAAAUAUGCCUUGGACGAUUUAAAAAAGAUGUGUGAAAUAACUCUAUAUGAAAAACUGUCCAUUGAUAGAGCAGCUGAUACUUUUAUCUUAGCUGAUCGCUAUAAUAUGGAGCUAUUGAAAAAAGAAACUAUAAAUUAUAUCAUCUUCCAUGGGAAAGAUAUUACAGAAACAAUAGGCUGGGAAGAAAUGACUAUCAAACAUCCGGCCUUAAUAAAUGAAACAUUGAAGGCGUUAUUUUCAUCAAAGGAACAAUUACCUAUUUCCAAAUAACAUGUUAUGUGGAAUAUAUUUACUUUGUAACGUUUUCUGUAUUUUAUUCAUAUUCAAUUUUGACAUAUUAAUAAAAAAUGUUAAUUAAAUAGA